AAAUUAUAGCCACUCAUGGAAUACAGCUGUUGAAGUUUCUGUUGUCGGAAAGACUUAACAAUUAUUGGUUGACUGACCAUCAAAGGAAAAGAUGACCUUAAAGUAAAGCCAUGAUUCAUUUUGAUUCAUAUGCAUUGAGACAUUGGCAUAAGCUGCACUUUCAUUCAUCCAUUUCCAACCAUGGCUGUAGAAUUAAUUGCUGGUGCUCUUCUUUCUUCUUUCCUCCAGGUUGCAUUUGAAAAGCUUGCUUCUCCUCAAGUUCUGGACUUCUUUCACGGAAAAAAACUUGAUGAGACGCUUCUGAGAAAGUUGAAAAUUAAGCUGCAGUCCAUCGAUGCUCUGGCUGAUGAUGCUGAACGAAAGCAGUUCGCAGAUCCACGCGUGAGAAACUGGCUUCUUGAGGUCAAAGAUAUGGUUUUUGAUGCAGAGGAUCUCUUGGAUGAAAUGCAAUAUGAAUUCUCCAAAUGGGAACUGGAAGCUGAAUCUGAAUCUCAGACCUGUACCGGCUGUACUUGCAAGGUACCAAAUUUCUUCAAAUCUUCUCCUGCUAGUUUCUUUAACAGGGAAAUUAAAUCCAGGAUGGAAAAAAUCCUUGAUAGCUUAGAAUUUCUCUCAAGCCAAAAGGAUGAUCUAGGCUUGAAAAAUGCUAGUGGUGUUGGCGUUGGAUCAGAAUUGGGUAGUGCAGUACCACAGAUAUCACAAUCAACAUCUUCGGUGGUUGAAAGUGAUAUUUAUGGCAGAGAUGAAGACAAAAAAAUGAUUUUUGAUUGGCUGACAUCUGACAAUGGCAAUCCUAACCAGCCAUCGAUACUUUCUAUUGUGGGCAUGGGUGGGAUGGGUAAGACCACACUUGCUCAACAUGUAUUCAAUGACCCUAGGAUCCAGGAGGCUAGAUUUGAUGUCAAAGCUUGGGUCUGUGUUUCAGAUGAUUUUGAUGCUUUCAGGGUAACAAGAACAAUUCUUGAGGCCAUCACUAAAUCGACUGAUGAUAGUAGAGACCUAGAGAUGGUUCACGGAAGAUUGAAAGAAAAAUUGACGGGGAAGAGAUUUCUUCUUGUUUUGGAUGACGUUUGGAACGAAAACCGACUUAAAUGGGAAGCUGUGCUAAAACAUCUUGUUUUUGGGGCUCAGGGGAGUAGAAUUAUUGCCACCACACGUAGUAAGGAAGUUGCUUCUACCAUGAGGUCAAGAGAACACCUCCUGGAGCAAUUACAAGAAGAUCAUUGCUGGAAGUUGUUUGCUAAACAUGCAUUCCAAGAUGAUAAUAUUCAACCAAAUCCAGAUUGCAAGGAGAUUGGUACGAAGAUAGUUGAAAAAUGUAAAGGACUUCCUCUGGCCUUGAAAACAAUGGGAAGUCUAUUACACGACAAGUCAUCUGUUACGGAAUGGAAAAGCAUAUUGCAGAGCGAGAUAUGGGAAUUUUCAACAGAGCGUAGUGAUAUUGUACCUGCUUUAGCACUAAGCUAUCACCAUCUUCCUUCUCAUCUCAAGAGAUGUUUUGCUUAUUGUGCCUUAUUCCCCAAAGAUUAUGUGUUUGAUAAGGAGUGCUUAAUACAAUUGUGGAUGGCUGAAAAAUUUCUACAAUGUUCUCAACAGGGUAAGAGUCCAGAAGAAGUUGGUGAACAAUACUUCAAUGAUCUAUUAUCAAGGUGCUUCUUUCAACAAUCAAGCAACACAAAGAGAACACAAUUUGUCAUGCAUGACCUUCUCAACGAUUUGGCAAGAUUUAUUUGUGGGGACAUUUGUUUCAGAUUGGAUGGUGAUCAAACAAAAGGUACACCAAAAGCACCCCGUCACUUUUCAGUUGCAAUCGAACACGUUCGAUACUUUGAUGGGUUUGGAACUCUAUGUGAUGCAAAAAAGUUACGUUCAUAUAUGCCAACAAGUAACAAAAAGAAUUUUGAUUACUUCUCUUCUUGGGGUUGCAAUAUGUCGAUACAUGAACUGGUCUCCAAGUUUAAGUUCUUACGUGUCUUAUCUUUAUCUGAUUGUUCUAACCUAAGAGAGGUGCCUGACUCUGUGGGUAAUCUUAAAUAUCUCCAUUCAUUAGACCUUUCAAAUACUGACAUUGAAAAAUUACCUGAAUCAAUAUGUUCACUCUACAACUUGCAAAUACUGAAGCUAAAUGGUUGUAAUAAAUUGAAGGAGCUGCCCUCCAAUUUACAUAAACUCACUGAUUUGCAUCGCCUUGAAUUAAUAGAUACUGGAGUGAGAAAGGUACCAGCACAUUUGGGAAAACUGAAGUAUCUUCAGGUAUCAAUGAGUCCGUUUAAGGUUGGCAAAAGUAGGGAGUUCAGUAUCCAGCAGCUAGGAGAACUCAAUCUUCAUGGAAGUCUAUCAAUUCAGAACCUGCAGAAUGUCGAGAGUCCCUCGGAUGCAUUAGCAGUGGAUUUGAAAAAUAAAACACACCUUGUCAAGCUGAAGUUAGAAUGGGAUUCAGACUGUUAAGAAAAUCUGUUAAGA